UUCCGGUGGCACCAAUGGCAAGUGGACAAGUGAGAAUGGCAGGAUCCAUGCCUUCCAGAGGAGGAAAGCGCCGCUCUGGAAUGGACUUCGAUGAUGAAGAUGGGGAGGGGCCCAGCAAAUUUUCAAGGGAAAAUCAUAGUGAAAUUGAGAGACGCAGGAGAAAUAAGAUGACCCAGUACAUCACCGAACUGUCUGAUAUGGUACCCACUUGUAGCGCGUUGGCUCGUAAACCUGACAAGCUGACAAUUCUUCGGAUGGCUGUUUCACACAUGAAGUCAAUGAGGGGCACUGGAAACAAAUCUACUGAUGGAGCUUACAAGCCAUCAUUCCUUACGGAGCAGGAACUGAAACAUCUUAUCCUGGAGGCUGCAGAUGGGUUCCUGUUUGUAGUUGCAGCUGAGACGGGAAGAGUGAUCUACGUAUCAGAUUCUGUGACUCCUGUGCUGAACCAGCCACAGUCGGAAUGGUUUGGCAGCACUUUGUACGAACAGGUUCAUCCAGACGACGUGGAAAAGCUGCGAGAGCAACUAUGUACAUCUGAAAACUCUAUGACAGGACGAAUUCUGGACUUGAAGACUGGAACAGUAAAGAAAGAGGGUCAGCAGUCCUCAAUGAGAAUGUGCAUGGGAUCAAGGCGCUCUUUCAUUUGCAGGAUGAGGUGUGGAAAUGCUCCUCUGGAUCAUUUGCCUCUGAACAGAAUAACUACCAUGAGAAAAAGAUACAGGAAUGGCCUUGGCCCAGUAAAAGAAGGCGAAGCACAGUAUGCUGUUGUCCAUUGCACUGGCUAUAUCAAGGCUUGGCCACCAGCAGGAAUGACUAUACCAGAAGAAGACGCUGAUGUCGGACAAGGUAGUAAAUACUGCCUCGUGGCAAUAGGAAGACUUCAGGUAACCAGCUCUCCAGUGUGCAUGGACAUGAAUGGCAUGUCAGUCCCCACGGAGUUCUUGUCAAGGCACAAUUCCGAUGGAGUCAUCACCUUUGUCGACCCAAGGUGCAUCAGCGUCAUUGGCUACCAGCCCCAGGAUCUUCUGGGGAAAGAUAUUUUAGAAUUCUGCCAUCCUGAAGAUCAAAGCCAUUUGAGAGAGAGUUUCCAACAGGUUGUGAAACUGAAGGGUCAAGUCCUGUCUGUGAUGUAUCGUUUUCGUACCAAAAACCGGGAGUGGAUGCUGAUCAGAACCAGCAGCUUCACAUUUCAGAAUCCUUAUUCCGACGAGAUUGAAUACAUCAUCUGCACCAACACUAAUGUAAAACAACUUCAGCAGCAGCAAGCAGAACUUGAAGUACAUCAAAGAGAUGGGCUGUCAUCCUACGACUUAUCUCAGGUGCCUGUUCCAAGUAUCCCAACUAACGUUCAUGAGGGUGGAAAGUCUGUGGAAAAGCCUGAUGCUAUCUUCUCCCAAGAGAGAGAUCCUAGAUUUGCCGAGAUGUUUGCUGGAAUAGCUGCUUCAGAUAAAAAAAUGAUGGCGUCGGCAUCCACGGCAGGAAACCAGCAGCUUUACUCACAGGGAAGCCCGUUUCAGCCAGGACAUUCGGGGAAGACUUUCAGUUCAUCUGUGGUCCAUGUGCCUGGUGUGAACGACAUCCAGUCGUCUUCAUCAACAGGCCAGAAUCUGACACAGAUAUCUCGGCAGCUCAAUCAGAGUCAGGUUGCCUGGACAGGAAAUCGCCCACCGUUUCCAGGACAGCAAAUUCCAUCUCAGUCUGGCAAGGCUCAAUCAUCUCCCUUUGGGAUUGGAACAAGUCACACCUAUCCAGCCGAUCCGUCGUCAUACAGCCCCCUUUCCAGCCCAGCCACCUCUUCUCCGAGUGGGAAUGCCUACUCUAGCUUAGCAAACCGAAGUGCCGGGUUUGCUGAAGGUGGGCAGAGCAGCAGCCAGUUCCAGGGGAGACCUUCCGAAGUCUGGUCCCAGUGGCAGAGCCAACAUCACAACCAGCAAAGUGGCGACCAGCAUUCGCACCCGCAGCCCAGUCAGACCGAGGUGUUCCAGGACAUGCUGCCAAUGCCGGGCGAUCCGACGCAGGGUACUGGCAAUUACAACAUUGAAGAUUUUGCUGACCUGGGCAUGUUUCCACCAUUUUCUGAGUAGCUUGCGAAGCAGAAGUGGAAGUUCUUCUCCAAGGCCAUUUCAGUGUAAUUUUGGCUCUGCUUUUUCUGUGUUGCAUUUCUGUAGAAGCUACUAAACCAGAAGACACGUUUCUCAUGUUUCAGAUAGUGGUGUAGGGCUUGCUCUCUCCUCCUUGCAGUGCGUCAGUGCCGGCAGAGGAGCCCCAGCACUUGUUAGUGUUCAUU